GCUGGAUUUGCAAGGUUCAGAGGAAAUUAUAGAAAUGCCUGAGAAGGAAAGCAGAGCAAAAGAAAGGAAAGGAAAGGAAAGAGGAGCUGAUCCUUCAAAAAGAGUUUGCCCUCCUGAGAAAAUAUCUCCGAAAAUAUGUGGCACCCCCUAUCCUCUCAGCAUUGCCUUCAUUGUGGUGAAUGAAUUUUGUGAGCGCUUCUCCUACUAUGGAAUGAAAGCUGUCCUGACUUUGUAUUUUCUCUACUUCCUGCACUGGGAUGAAACAACCUCCACAUCUGUAUACCAUGCUUUCUCAAGUUUGUGUUACUUCACACCAGUCAUUGGUGCCUUCAUUGCUGACUCAUGGCUGGGGAAAUACAAAACAAUCAUUUAUCUCUCCAUUGUUUAUAUUAUUGGGCACGUGAUCAAGUCAGUUGGGGCAAUACCAAGUGUGGGAAACCAGAUUGCUCAUGUGAUUUUGUCAAUGAUGGGCCUGUCUCUGAUUGCUCUUGGAACGGGAGGAAUCAAACCCUGUGUGGCAGCAUUCGGUGGAGACCAGUUUGAAGAAAAGCAUGUCCAGGAAAGGAACACAUUCUUUUCUGUUUUCUACCUUGCCAUUAAUGCAGGAAGCUUGAUCUCCACUUUCCUUACUCCUGUGCUAAGAGGGUCCGUGCAAUGCUUUGGAGGGGACUGCUAUGCUCUGGCUUUUGGGGUUCCCGCUGCUUUAAUGAUCAUAGCUGUUGUUGUAUUUGUUGCUGGAAACAGACUUUACAAAAAGACUCCACCACGAGGAAAUAUCUUGCUGAAAGUUUGCAAGUGCAUUGUAUUUGCUCUGAGAAACCGGAUCAGAAAUCGUUCCCCGGAGAUACCCAAAAGAGAGCAUUGGCUAGACUGGGCAUCAGAAAAAUACUCAAACCAACUGAUCACUGAAGUUAAAAUGGUGAUGCGGGUCCUUUUCCUUUUUAUUCCAUUACCAAUGUUCUGGGCGCUAUUUGAUCAACAGGGGUCUAGGUGGACUCUACAAGCAACUAAAAUGAAUGCUGACUUUGAAGGAUUUGUCCUUCAACCUGACCAAAUGCAGUUCUUAAACCCUCUCUUGAUCCUUGUCUUCAUCCCAGUCUUUGACUUUGGACUGUAUCCCUUGAUAAACCUGUGCAAACUUAAUUUCACGCCCAUUAAAAAGAUGGCAACUGGCAUGAUCCUGGCCAGUCUGGCAUUUGCAGCUGCAGCUAUUGUGGAACUCAAGAUAGAGGAAAAUGCUAUGCCUAUCCCAGUUCCCAAAGAAAGCUACAUUCAAGUGCUGAAUUUGGCAGACAGCAAUGUUGAAGUGACUAUUGAGGGUUAUGACUUGUUCUGGCAGCCGAUCAAACCUUUUCAGGAUCCUGCGGAAUACUCCAAAUUAAUCCUCAAUAGUGAUCAACAACAACUUCAUUUUAAGAUACAGUACCAAGGAUUAUUUUCCACAUUUAAUCAUUUGAUCCGGGAAAAGUCAGUGAACAGCUUAAUUUUCUAUGAGAGAGAAGGAAACCUAACAAGCAAAAUAAUUGAAGACCUGCAGAAAAAGCCAUCAGAAGGAAUGGCAGCUGUGAGGUUCAUUAAUACAUUGGAAUGGGAUGUCAACAUCACUCUUGGUGAUGAGGAGUUAACCACUGUUAACAAAAGUUACAGUGUUUCAGACUACAGGAUCCUACCAAGGGGAAGGUACAACAAUGCAAAAUUCCAAACGAGAGCAGAAGCAUCUGCCCUGCAGCUUGGCCUCCUAGAUUUUGGAGCUUCGUACACAGUUGUCAUAACACAUGCUUCUACAGAAACACGUCAAGCAUGGAAGAUAGAAGAUAUUCCAGCCAACAAUGUCCAUAUUUCAUGGCAGAUUCCACAGUAUCUAUUAAUAUCAGCUGGGGAAGUGAUGUUCUCCAUUACAGGCCUUGCCUUCUCUUACUCCCAGGCUCCUGUUAGUAUGAAAUCUGUGCUGCAAGCUGGCUGGUUGUUAACUGUGGCCUUUGGAAAUGUUAUUGUGCUCAUUGUUGCUCAGUCUGCACCUCUGGUACAGUGGGCUGAAUUUAUACUUUUUGCCAUGCUCCUUUUUAUCGUCUUUGUAAUUUUCUCCAUCAUGGGAUAUUUCUACAUUAGCACAGACCCAGAAGAACUUGCUGAUAAAGGGAAUGAAGAAGAGACAUCAAGCAAUAAAAACAUGAUUGGCCUUGCUACCAGGAAAACAGAGCUAUAAAGGGGCUGCAAACACUGGAGUUAAGUUUGAGAGGCUUUUUCUUUUAAUAGGAUGGUGAUUUGACAGAUUCUUCCUCAUGCUAUGAUCUCAUCAGAUAUACUCUGAGGGAAAGAGCAAACUAAAUUAUGGUGCCCCAAUACGUCAGCUGAAUAAAUGUACGCAAACUCCUGGAAAGCUGCCUUAUUAAAAAGUAAAUAUAAUGUAGUUUUAUCUCUUCUGGCUCCAUCAGGCACUAGGAGUAAUUCUUUUCAAGUUCUAUAUUUAAAGCACAAUUGUGUCUGUCUGUCUGUCUAUCUAUGUAUGUAUUCAUUCAAUAAGUGAGUCUUCAAAUUAAAUGAAACUUAUUUACGGUUAAAUGUGUAUAUUACUACAUUGUAAGUCACCAUAAAUCCAGUGAAGAAUUGUGGGCUGAGAGGAUCUUUGCACACGUUAAUCCAUUUUAAAAUAUUUUCAUUAAUCACUCACUUGAAAUAAUGCUUUGAUUUUGUAUUUCUUACUGUAAUAUAAAUCAGCUUGCCCUACUACAGCUCUAGCAUAUUUCUGUUCUGCAUAUGUGUAAAUCCUUAAAGCAUGAUAGAUUUCCUAUACGGAAUAUAUUUGCAAAGAGGAAAUAGCAUGCUAACUUCA